AUGAAUACUGAUAUGGAGGCCGAUGGAUUACACGAUUUUGUAGCGAAUGCGGAGGAUGAGCUGGGAUUCUCCAAAGGAUCGUUACUUAAGGCGUUUCUGCCUCUAGGCAUAAUUAUCCUGAGUGUUGAAGAUGAUCCGAAUUGGUACAUGGCGGAGCAGGAAGGCCGGACGGGUUUGGUCCCAUGUAAUUACCUAUCCUUACGACCUCAUUCUUGGUAUGUGCGCAAUUGUAGCAGAAUGGAAGCAGAAGAACGUCUUCUUGAGAUUGAUCCAGGUACAGGCCAACAUCUCCAGAAAAAUGGCGCCAUGUUGCUAAGACAAAGUGAAGCUGGUGGAAAAGGAUACAGUCUUUCUGUGAAGUGA